AUGUCUUGGGACCGAUCACACCCUUCUCAUGACGAGUCGCGUUACAACGAGCGAAUUAUACCAUCACCAUGGCCUAUGACUGAUAAGACACACGAAUGUAUAACACGUCGUGAGGCAAUAUUACUGGUUGAUAAUGGAAAAAUCCAACUGUUAUUAUGUUUGGGUAUACCAAUAAUAACAUGUUUAUUUUUGCUGGUGCUAAUUACUCACAGGAUAUGGUCAAAAUAUUGUUGGAAAAAAGAUGAAAAACAAACUGAAAAUUUACAACAUGAUUCCAAGGAUUUAACAGAAGUUAUUACACAUCAAGAUGAACCAGAAGAUUUAUCAGCCAUGACCAAUCCCAAGAUGAAACUUCUUGUUACAAUAUAA